ACACAGUUCAAGAAACAGUUGCAACAUUAUAAUGCCAUCUUCUAAACAGCUGCCCUUCAGUUUUGGGUUUUUUGGAUUUUGUGUGUGUGUGUGCUGCAAAAAAAAUCUGUGAAAAUGCCAACAGUCACUUGAAACCUGAUCAGCUCUCAAACAUUCAUGAACAUGCAAACAAGGAAGAGCUCAGUAUCAAAUUUGCCUUUUCUGAAUGUUGUUUUCACCCCUACUCGUUAGGCAAAUAGAAGGGGAAAGUCUUCUGCACAAAGUGAAGUUGUGCAUGUUACAGUUUCCUUUAAAGGAAGAAAGAGACUAUUGAUUUGAAGUCUGGCACACGUUAUGCUAUUUGGGUGAGGCAAAACAUGACCUCUUCACCACCUCUACACAUACCCUCUGGGGAAUGGGAAAUUAAUAGCCAAUAAUAGUUCUUUAUUGCUGCUUUCUUGACUUGGAACCAUGUUGGGAAAUCUUCCCAAUAUAAGCCUCCUGGAGCGUCAUUGGUCCCAGCGAGUAUAUAAGGAGAGCAGGACAGGGAGACAGUGAAUUGCACAGAGGAACAAGGAAGCCAUGCAUCUGGAGCUGUGUUACAGGGUUUUUGCAGUCUUGCUCUGUUUUCCCACCUGGAUGGAGGCAACUGGUGAUCCCAACAAAUGCGCAGGUGAUCGAGGAGAUCUUUUGGCCCUCUGCCAAACCGCACCAAGAAGCUGCAAGGAGCUGCUGAGCAAGGGGGAGUUCCUGAGCGGCUGGUACACCAUCUAUCUGCCGGGCUGCUGGCCCCUGAGGGUCUUCUGUGACAUGGAUACUGAUGGAGGGGGCUGGCUGGUGUUUCAGAAGCGGUUGGAUGGGUCUGUUGAUUUCUACCGUACCUGGAAUGACUACAAGAAAGGCUUUGGGAACCAGCUAUCGGAAUUCUGGCUGGGCAACGAAAACAUUCAUCUCCUGACACGGGAGGGGGAACACCAGCUGCGUGUGGACUUGGUAGACUUUGACGACCGCAAAACCUUUGCUCAUUACCAGUCCUUCCAGCUCAGGGGAGAAGAGGAGAAGUAUCAGCUUGUCCUGGGGCAAUUCCUGGGUGGCACUGCAGGUGACUCCAUGACCUUUCACAGCGGGCAGCGUUUUUCCACCCAUGACAAUGACAAUGACACCGGGACACAGAACUGCGCUGUCACUGUGCAUGGAGGUUGGUGGUAUGCCAACUGCUAUAGGUCCAACCUGAACGGAGGCUAUCCAAUUGGUGAUCGGAAAGGGCAGGUCUAUGGCAUUGACUGGGCAACUGGCAAGGGCGUUGGCACCUCCUACAAGCGCACAGAGAUGAAGAUUCGCUAAAGAGAUCCCAUUUGAGGCCUAGAAAGCAACCAAAGGGAAUGAGUAAAUCAAAAAUUAAGCAGCUA